AUCUCAUUAUUAUUGUAUCUUUUAGAUCGGAUGUUGUUGCUGUGGAUUUUUUAGGACAUGGUGAUAGUAAAGCUCCAAAUCAACCAAACUUAUACACUGAAGAAGAACAUUUUCAAGAUGCCUAUGAGAUAUUCAUGAAAUAUAAGAAAUCAGAAAACUACAUUGUGUCUCACUGUUAUGGCGUCAUUCAUUCAAUGAGGCUACUGAAACGUUUGAGGAGUGAGAAUAUUCAUGGAGUUGUGCAAGGGUGCGUCUUUAUAUCUAUUGGAGUGAAUUGCCCUGUUGGAUCAUCAGCCUCUACUCUUUCAAUGCUACCAUCAUUUGCACUAGAGUGGUUGAGACCUUUAGCAAGAUCAUCUUCCAAUGCUAAACUUUUUGCUCCUCAAACAAGUCCUGAUCUAAUUGCUUUUGAAAACAGUAUCUCUAACAACAAUAGAAUGUAUAUGAUGAAAGUCAUAGGAGCUGACUGCUCUAACACUGAGUCUUGGACCCAUUGGUUACAGGAAGGGAAGGAGGGGAUUGGUGACGAUAUCAAAGUUGAUUUCAUCAUUGGGGAAAGUGAUGGAUUUUUUCCUGUUUCAAGUACUCAAGAACUAUGUGUGCAAUACGGUGUGAGUGAAGAAAGGCUUCACGUUAUCUCUGAUGCUGCUCAUUUACCAAUGCUUGAGAAACCAGACAUUGUUUGUAGCAUAAUUAAAAAAUGUAUUGGGAUAGAGUAGGAACAACUGUCUUAUAAUUUUAAUUGCUGACUGCAUGUACAAUAAUUUUAACUUCAAAUUGUCUUUGUCCUUUCUGAUGAUUUACAUGUAAGUCAUAUUAUAUUAACAGUGAAAUUCCACUCAUUGACAACAAUUCUGUUUUAGC